AUGGGCACUGUCAACAUCAAGCCUAAGAAGCAGAUCCCUUUCACAAAGAUCUCAAUAAAAUUUGUUUGCGACUCAAGCGUCGAGCGACCCAAUGCGAAUCUAUCAUUUGAGACAUGGCAUCGAUUACUUGAUCUAGAAAUGCCAAUGGAGGAAGCGGUAUUGCUAGCGAACAAGGUCCUGCAAGCAAAUGAGACUUACACGGUUCCAUUUUACUUUGUCCUACCCAAUGGCCUUGGUACAGAGGCCUGUUCGCAUAACAUCAUAUGGCAAGAGACGCGACAGCUACACUCGCACCUCCCACCCAGUAUCACAGGCUGGGAGGGUGAUGCCAUGAUCCCAAGAGGCGUGCGUGUUGACUAUGGUGUUAUUGCUCAGGUUUGGGACUCGGCAAACCCAGAGUAUGCCAAGAUGGAAGCCAAAGAGACCGUUCAGUUCUUGCCAGGCCAUGUUGAGCACCCGCCUUUGAAGAUCCCGACAGCCAAUCGAACUUUCAAGUUCGCGUCAACAAAGCAACUCAAAUCCAGUGUCUUUUGUCGCUCUUCGGGUGAGGUCACGUUAUAUACUGAUCAACCCACCGCGAUCAUUCUUGAUUCCAGCGGAAAGGGUAUCCAUCCUACAACGAUUACAACAUCUCUGAGAUUGAAGCUGAGCGACCCGAAGACUAGCUUACCACAAACAUGCAAUGUUUCUGCAAAGAUUGAGUCAGAAACAUGGUCACAAGAUGAGCCCAUGCAACAGCUCCCUCAUAUUGUCAACGCGAGAGACUGCUAUAAUGGCUCCGAGACUCUCGUGAAGAAGGCAGAGGUCGGCUUAAGCUGGGAGAAGAAUUCACCGAAACAAACAGACAGUGUUGUCACCGAGACCGCUGAGACAUUCAGCAGCCACAUCGAAAUACCCAUCACAAGUUUUGCGAGCGAUAAGAAAAUGUUUUUGCCUACUUUUUAUUCUUGCCUGAUUGCCAGGACAUAUCAACUACAUCUAACUAUUAAUGUUGCGUCGACAACCCUGAAGCUGGUACUGCCUGUACAGCUCACAAUGGAGGAGCAGAAAGGGGAUGUGCAGCCCGACGCUGAGGAUAUUGGGCUUCCUGAAAGUAGCGCGAGAUGUUCCAGUUCAUUGCCGUCAUAUAUCGAGUCUGAAAGGAGGCAUUCACAGCCCGAGCAAUAA